AUGGAAGAUAUAAAAAUAGUGUUUGAUAAAAUUAAAAAGAAAAAUUGUGUUGGUAUCGAUGAAUUAUCGCCCGCAACCACUUAUUUAAUAAAUUUAUUUAAAAAUCAAGCCAAUUUAUUGGUUUUUGGAAUACCACACGAUGACUUACAAGGCCUGUCGCCACCACCUAGUAAAAUUCCUGAGGAAGACAUCAAUUUAGCGAAAGCUUAUAUAUUAUCCAUUCUAGCUUACGAGAGUCACUAUUGCCGAAAAGACUUAUUAAAGCAAUAUCUUCUACAUCACUAUAUUUUGACAAGAAUGUAUGAUGAAUAUAAAAAGUGGUUAUCUGAAGAAAAGAAACCAGUAUCAAAAUUUAAAUAUCAAGAAAUUUUUUACUCUAUGGGAAUAAAAAUUAAAAACCCUAGUAAGGACACCUGCGCCACAUGCGACAAAUUUCGUAUGAAUCUAAAAACAGCUAAGGAUAUUAACAGGAGGCAAGAAAUUCAAGUUCAGCUCGACGUUCAUCAGAAAGAAGCAGCAGAUGCUUAUGAUGCCAAACGUUUGGACAAAAACGCCGCUUUGAAAGUUCCAUCAAAACGCAUUUACACUUUCGAUCUUCAACAAUGCUACCUACACCAAACCUUCAAAUAUCUAUAG